AUGAAUAGCAGAGAUCCAAAUGAUUUGAAUUGGUUUGUCGAUAAUGGAAUUACAAAAGGUUUAUUACCUCGUUCAAUUCUCAUACCUCUCUCAUCGGGUGAACGAUCAGGUUUUCUAUCUCAUACACCACCAACUCCUCUUCGUUAUGAUAUAAUACCUAUACAAACAUCACUUCCAUUAGCCCAUACAAAUCUAGCAUUUAAUUAUGAUCAAUCACGUCAUGUAAAUCAAAAACAUCCAUUAACUCGAGCUAAUACAGUACCAAAAACAACUUUAAUAAAUUCUUCACAUGAUUUUGAAAGUGAUGAACGAAUCUAUUUAAAUCAAAUAACGGAAACUCAUCAAUAUGCUUCCAUUGAUCUUGACGACUCUAUUAUUUCUGAAUCAAAUGAAGAUGAACGAAUUUACAUAGCAAUGUAUGAUUUUGAAUGUACAAGUGAUGGUGUACUUUCAUUACAUGUUGGUGAACGAUUAAAAAUUUUACGUCGAUUAGAUGAUGGUGGAAAUGAUGAUUGGUGGUAUGUAGAAAAAAUCAAUGAUAUAACACAACGUGGUUAUGUACCGGCUAAUUAUAUCCAAACAGCUUAA